AUAAAUUUAUUUCUCGCAAUAAAUUUUUUCGCGACGGUUCGUAAAUACGUGACACACAGAAAAUUCUGGAAAGACUUAUUAGACUGAAAUGACCACCUCUUGUUUCCAUCUUAAAACCGGAUAAAAGCGCUCCGAGAAAGAGAACAGCUGAGCUCCUCCCGGAGUGGGGCGAAAACGCGUGAGAUUCACAUGGGUCAGCAGAAAUUUGAGUGAUUAGAGCCGAUCAGUAAACCCGGGAUCAUCGAGGACGCUUGACCGUGACCGUGUCAUCGCUUUCACGAGAACAUUUCGAUAUUUCCCUCGUAAUCGAGUCGGUUCGAUUGGCAGAACGCAUUCGCGAGAUCGACAGAUCGACCCGGGCAAGAAUUGUUUUCGGUGCGAUUGGAAAAUUAUCCGAUAACGAAGAAAAAUAUUCAACUUUUAGAAGAUUAUUUAAAUUAAAGUAUCUACAUUUAUAACAGUUAAAAUGUUGUUUAAAUAAAUGUAUUAAUUACACGCACACUCGAAGAUUUUUUAGAAGAAUUGAAGAGAUAUUAAAACGACUCGAGAUAACGCUGUCAAUUGAUGUGUGCGUGAUAUAAAUUUUCGUUUAUUCCGAGAUGGACGCUUAAUAUCGAGACCGUUGCCGACACAAGUAUUAUCACGAGUAGCCUUUACGUCAAUUGAUUUUUCAUUAUUAUUACUGAUAUCGCGCGCGACUUACUUACAAUAACUGACAGUGACGAAUCGUCUCGCCGACGAGACAGACAUUUAGAGAGCUCACGAGAUCUUUGGACACAGUCAAGAGCCAAGGACGUCGCAACAACGUCUGGAAAAAGUGUUUCUUUCGUCUUCAAUCAACCGAUAUAAAGACCGAGAAUCCAAGAUCUUCGGAUGUGUUUAUGUGUGCCGCGUGAUCCCUCAAAGAAUUACAGUAAAACAAUAAAAAAGAAGGUGUUCUAAAUCACCUGUAAUUAACUUCAUCUCGCACGGAAGACGCGUCGAGACGUUAAGAGAGAGACUGUGUUAAUCUAAUAUAUAUUUUUCAUCGACGAAACAUUCUUCAUUUACUUUCAUGCCGAUUGUUAUAUCAAACAUUCGGCAUGUAAUAUCUAUCAUAAUACACAAGAAAGCGAGAUACACCGUGGGAAUCGCUCAAGUUAUAAACCGACCGAUACAGUGUUAACGCUUGUCAACACGAAGAAUAUUUCAACAUGUUCCUCAACGAGACCCUGUUUGUGCUGGCGUAUACUGCCAACAUAAUGGCCACCUUGCCCGAGAAAACAGAUGUGAAAAACGUCAGUAUAGCCGAGAAUAUCACCACCACAACCUUGUCGCCAGAAGAGAAAGAGAACAAAUUCGAUCUGGACGAUCAAUGGUACAUGUGGCGAUGCUUCGAGCCAUACGGUUGCUUCUAUAUCGGAGCACCCUGGUCCGGAGAAAACCGACCGGUAUCCACUUUUCCGGCACGCCCGGACAGCAUCAAUCCCCGUUAUACCCUCUACACGCGCAAACAAGCCGAUCAGAUCUACGAGUUGAAGAUUGAUGACUUUGAGACGAUCCGGGAGACGCCUUUGAACAAGAAGAACAACUUUUACUUCAUCAUCCAUGGGUUCCUUGAUAACGGUGACAAGACUUGGGUUCUGAGGACGAUGAAGGAACUAUUGCUACGAGAGGACUGCAAUGUCAUGAUCGUAAAUUGGCUCGCCGGUGCAGGACCACCCUACACGCAGGCCGUGGCCAACACGCGGCUCGUGGGCGCAAUGACAGCUCGUCUGGCGGCUCAGCUGAUCGAGAUCGGUGAGGUACCGUCCUCGAGGAUGCACUGCAUCGGACAUAGCUUGGGCGCCCACACUUGUGGCUACGUCGGCUACACCUUGAGCAAUCGAUAUGGCUACAAGCUUGGUCGGAUUACAGGUCUUGAUCCGGCGGAACCACACUUCAGCAACACCUCAACAAUGGUCCGGCUGGACCCAACGGAUGCAACAUUCGUGACAUCCAUUCACACAGAUUGCAAUCCUUUUAUCAGCGGCGGCCUCGGCAUUACGCAACCGGUAGCGCACAUCGAUUUCUAUCCGAACGGUGGCCGCAACCAGCCCGGCUGUAACGAGGGUGUACUCAAUUCCAUCACCUUGGAACGCGGCAGUUUUUUUCAAGGAAUCAAAAGAUUUCUGGGAUGCAACCAUAUCCGCAGUUAUGAAUACUUUAUCGAGAGCAUAAACAGCCCAUGCCCGUUCUUAGCUGUGCCGUGUAACUCUUGGGAUAAGUUCCAGGAGGGCAGUUGUUUCGAUUGCGUAAACCAAUAUUGUCCCAGAUUCGGACUGGACGCUCAGCCCGGAAACUAUCACGCUGCCGUAUAUCUCAUGACCGGACGUGACAGGCCGUUUUGCAAGGGCCACUACAAGGUGACGAUAAAUAUCUCCAAGACAGAUGAGAGUUUGUUAUAUGGCGGGGAGGUCGGGAUGUUUGUCGUGCGCGCGAUUGGCUCGAAUGGCAAGAAAACCGAGAAGAUGCAGUUGAGCUCGGCCUCGAAAUACUACGAGCCUGGUAGUACGCACACGAUCGUAUUACCCGGAGACAUCGUGGGCAAACCAAACUCGGUCGAGAUCACCUGGGAAUAUCAGACCUCGGUCUUCAACCCGCUCACGUGGAGGCUGCUUCACACACCGCGGGCCUACAUCGACUCGUUGACCAUCAAAAGUCUGGAAACUCUCUCUGAUCAUGAAAUCACCCUGUGUCCGGAUAAUACAAAAACACUGAUAGCGAACCAGCCAAAGAUCCUGACCGUGGAAAACUGCCGCAAUGUGGAACACAACACGAUCUCCACGUAAAGAAUCAAUCCCCACACGUGCUUUCUCGUAAUCAAAGAUUAGAUCUCGCUGCUUGAAACCGGUAUAAUUUUUCGACAGGUUUCGACACUACAGAUGAGAGUGAUCUCUAUACUUAUCCGCGGAAAUUAGCAUAAAAUGAAUUUUAUAUUGUCCGCGUAAUAAGAAAGUUCAAAUCACCGAAAUUAUACUAUAGUUUCAAAUCGAUGCUCGCGACGAAAUCGAUGACAAAGGCUGAUGACCCUGCUCGUUAUUGCGAAAUAAUACUCGUUGACUGUCAUUUGCGCGAAGAAAUUUUGAAAGUUCUAAAGUCAAUUAUCUGCUUUUGUAAAAAUUAUAGAGAGUAAAAAAAUAUCCUUUCAUUUGACACGAUGUUUCAAUAUCGACUGAAAGAUCGUUGUAUAACGUAGAAUUGUAGAAAUAAUCAGCGUCGUUUGGACGACGCCUACAAUUUUCACAAGACUUUUAACUUUUAUACAGAAUGACAGUUAAUCUCCGGAAACUCUAGCGUUUCCGAUUCGAUCCAAGUUGUUCAUUUUGCGACUGUCAUAGGUGAACAGCCGAUCGCCGAGCGAGGCGAACGCGCGCGAAUCACGCAUAAUAGCGCCGGUUUCCCUCGCAACCAAUGGCAAAGUCACGAUCCUUUCACUGUCAUUAUGUGCCUGGGGUCUCUUUUUCUUUCUCUCUCUUUCUUUCUCUCUCUUUUCCUCCUUCGCUCCGACAUUCGCUUUCAUGCGACGCUGUCGUCGUCGUCGCACCGAUAAAUUGCCGCUGACCCCAUAAUUUAUGUUUAUAAGUGCAUCAAUACCACUUUGUUCGGCCGUGAGGGACUAAUCUAAUGACGAUAAUGGCGUAACUAAUGACACUUGAUGACGCGAUGAACAUUUUGAUGUCUCGACGCGAAGAAAAGAAAGAGAAAGGAAUUAAACUUUCGAGUGCAAGAAAUAAUGCAUCGUAUUCGCGAAUUCGACGAAGGACGCGAUAAUAUUAUAUAAUGAGUGUUUGUUUGUUCCGUUACAAUGAGCCGUUAUAACAUUCUGGUAAUUUCGCAAUUUCUUUUGCCGCGCAGCGAAUUGCGAAACGCGAGGUGGGCGCAACGCGAUUUUUGUGUGUCCCAAAAUAGUUAUAAAGAGUUCACGAAGAGUCCUACGAAUCAGCUGAUUUGACCCCUUCGAUUCCUUUAGACUUGGAUUUGGCUUUUAUUCUCAGAGAGAAAGAGAGAGAGAGAGAGAGAGAGAAAGAUUUCAUAAUCGAUAGAUUUAGCAUAGCGUUUUUCCCGUGAUGUAAGAAGUAAGAUCUGAGGAUUUCUAAGUUAAGCUCAAUGAGCUAAGUUGCGGAGAGUUUAAUUCGAUAUAAGAAUUAUUUAAUUUCUAAGUAACGCAUAUUUAUAUACAAAUAAUUAAUUACUCGGCAUAUAUAUGAUAAACUCGCAAGCGAUUCAAUUAAGAGAGUUAUUGUUAAUUGCGAAUGUACAUAUACAAAAUACAGUUCUUUAACAUAA